AGAGGAAACAGAAAACUGUGUUCUUCAGAAAAAGAGUCGAGGAGGGAGAGUCAUGGAUGCAGAGACUUUCUUCUCUAAUCCCACCUUCUGCUACCUGCUGGACGGGAUCCUGGUUGUUUACUGCCUCAUCGCCACGGCGUUCUUCUUCAGAGAAAAGUUUUCUCCCCUCCCGUCUGCAGCUGUUGGAGCUCCUGAGGAAAUUGAACUUAUUUACCAGGAGCUCGAUAGAACAAGAGAUGCUGAUCCCUACGAGUUGCUCGACCCCUUGAAGAGAAAGGUAACGAAGAAGAAGAAACCCAAGCCGACCCAAGAUCAGCAAAGAGAUACAGACCCCUAUGAGUCUCUGACCACUCAGGACUCAGCUCCACCUCUGCCUCCAUCUCAUUAAUGUCAUUUAACCGGCUCCAGCUUUUCAAAUAUAUGUCAAUAGAUUAUUUGUCUUAUAUGUAAUUAUAGACUCAAUCUGUGUAAACAUUUGUCACUUUUUUUAUA